UACCACGAUAUGGGGAGUGUCCCUAUUGUGGAUGAGUUUUACUUCCUUGCUUAAGUUUAUUUCCUUCCUCAGUUUGGAUAUAUCUCUACUUACUAAUUAGGAUAGACUUCCUAUUUUAUCUUGCUUGUGGCACAAGGACUUAGUUUCCUAGUUUGAUUGUACAACUUUGGGUGUUAAUAAAUAUUGAUGGUAGGGGGGACUAGGAAAUACAAUCGGCUGCUCCCCUCUUGCAGUCUCUCUUCUCUUCUUCUCUCUCAAUCUCUUUCUCUCUUCUUUUACUCUCUCAAGUUACUGGUUAUAGAUCUUGGGUUUGUUACAUAGUAUCAGAGUUUUAACCAGUAGCAGUUUUGAGAGUCGUUCCAAGGUCUUUUGCAUCUGAUGAAACCCUAGUUCUUAUAAAAAAAGAACUAGGGUUUCCAUGAAGAUUAUUUGUAUAAAUAACCUAUCUACUGCUAAUGCUACUGCUACUGAUCCCCAUGGUUGCUGAUUUCUGCUAUCGUUUCUGUUCCAAGCCUCCAUCUGCUGCUGCGAUUUUAUUAUUAGUUGCUGGAAUAUUGAUAUCGAUUUGCUGCUCUUAUGCCUUCUCUCUUGCAGGCUGUUGUGCUGAUCCCAAAUCUGAGUUGUACGCUGCUGAAUAUAUUUGCUGCUGGGAUUUUCCACUUCUUCCAAUCGAUUUCUACUUGAUGUGGUUUCGAUUGCUGCUUGCCUACCUUCCGUAAUUGAUUUUCUGCAGUAAUUGCUGCUAUCGAUUUGGUUCUUCAUCUCCCACCAGUCUCUGCUCUCAAUGUGAUGUAUAGCAGCUUAAAUUCUCCGCAACAAUUGACUGGUUGGAAAUCAAGUGGAGGUGAUCCUUGUGGUCAGUCUUGGAAAGGAAUCAAGUGCUCCGGCUCAUCUGUGACAGAAAUAAAGCUAUCUGGUCUUGGAUUAACUGGAUCUAUGGGCUACCAGCUGUCAAGCUUGACAUCCGUAACCUACUUUGAUUUAAGUAAGAACAACCUCAAGGGUAAUGUACCAUAUCAGCUUCCACCCAAUGCUGUUCACAUAAACCUUGCUGGAAAUGGCUUUACUGGCAGUGUGCCUUAUUCUACUUCUCAAAUGGCGGAUCUUAAAGAACUAAAUCUUGGUCACAAUCAGCUCAAUGGCCAGUUAAGUGAUAUGUUUGGCAAACUCUCUAAGCUCACUCAGCUGGAUCUCUCAUACAAUAGCCUGUCUGGAAACCUACCUCAGAGUAUUGGAAAGCUCUCCAGUCUCACUACAUUGUAUUUGCAGAACAAUCAGUUCACUGGUCCAAUAACUGUCCUUGCAGGACUUCCCCUUGAUGACCUGAAUGUUGCAAAUAACCAGUUUCGUGGCUGGAUCCCUAAUGAAUUGAAGGAUAUAAACAGUAUUGAAACUGGAGGAAACUCUUGGUCUUCGGGGUCUGCUCCUCCACCUCCGCCAGGUACACCUGCAAUUCCCAUCCGUCAUAAACAUUCAUCCGAAGGUGGAAAGAAGUCAGGUUUGAGUGGAUUAGCUAUUGGAGGGAUAGUGAUGGGCGUAUUGGUGGCAGUUGUUAUUCUGAUCGCUUUAUUUUCACGGAAAUCUUCUUCAUCUUCACAUUAUCUCGAUGAUGAGAAGCUUAGCCAGCGGAGAUCGUUUACCCCCUUGGUAUCGCAGGAAUUAUCUUACUCAAGGCGCUAUCCCCCUGAUCCCAAGAGCUUCAAAGAACUCAGGUCCCUGGAUUCAUCUUCUUCAAUAGAUGUGAAGUCUUUACAAACAUCUCCUUCAAUUCAUCUGAAGCCACCAGGCCCACCACCUUCAGAUUGGAUGGAAUCAUAUAAUGAAACCGAAUCCACAAGCAGACUUGGCAGAAGAAGCACAUCUGUUCGCACUACAACAGCUUUUACCUUGGCAGAUCUGCAGGCUGCAACCGGUAGCUUUGCUGCAGGCCGCCUUCUGGGUGAAGGAAACAUAGGACGCGUUUAUAGGGCAAAAUAUGCAGAUGGGAAGGUACAUGUUCUCUCCGGUGUUUCCUAUUGAAUUUAUUAAGUUGAC